UCAAUAUUCAUGCAUCCAAAAAAAAAUGCAUUUCCCUUGAACAAAUUAAAGUUCUCAAAGACUCAAGAGCUCUUGAUUUUGGCGUUUCUGUUUCGGAAACCCACUUCGAGUGAAGUACCCACCCUCUCUCACUAGACACUACAGAGAUUCUAGAGAGAUAAAGGCAAGGAGAAGGAAAGAGAUUCUGAUCGGGUCGGGAUGAGUCGGAGCUUAGGGAUACCGGUGAAGCUGCUACACGAGGCCGCCGGUCACAUUGUGACGGUAGAACUCAAAAGCGGAGAAGUGUACAGAGGAAGCUUAGUCGAAUGCGAAGACAACUGGAACUGUCAAGUCGAAAACGUUACUUUCACUGCUAAGGAUGGAAAGAUCUCACAACUUGAGCAUGUCUUUAUUCGAGGCAGCAAAGUUAGGUUUAUGAUCAUACCAGAUAUGCUUAAGAAUGCUCCUAUGUUCAAGCGAUUGGAAGCUAGAAUUAAGGGUAAAAGUUCAGCACUUGGUGUUGGUCGAGGCCGUGCUGUUGCCAUGCGAGCUCGGGCUCAGGCUGCUGGUCGUGGAGCUGCUGCUGCACCUGGUAGGGGGAGGGAGCGUCUCCUGGGGUCGACGAGACCGAAGAAAGAAGAUGGGAAGAAUCAGCAGGGCCGCGCUCUUUCUCCUCUGGCAGUGAGGUGCCAAGGGGGAAGGGGAGGGGUGGUCGCGAGCAACAAUCAGCAACGCAGGCGAGAGGGUUUGGCAAGGGAGCUCGACGAGAAGAAGGGAAAGGUGCGAGGGGAAGAGGCAAGAAGGGUUUCGUCGGUUUCGGUGGGUGCAGUGAUGGAGUGGGAUGCGAGGCAUGCUGCUUCGAUGGAGCAAUCAAAUGGCGAUAAUAUCUCCGGUGAGGCAUCCGACGGCAGACAAGGCGAAGAAGGGUAUGUUCAUCAAUGGUUGUUUGAGCUGGAUGAUGGUGAUAUGAAGGAGGGGAAAACAAACGAAUUUUGGCUAGUUAAUCUUGUCGAAAAAGGAGGAGGACGAGUGGUUUCCGGUGGUAGUCGGUGGUUCUGAGUUCUAUUCCUUAAAAUUUUGAACUCUUAUCGCUGCAAAAAGCUCAAAAGACAAAUCACACACACAGGUGCUAACACAAGACAUAAUAUCGAGCAAUGGAGUGUCUUACUGGCAUCUUUAGCAACCCGUUUGCUCAGUGUCUCAUCGCUCCUGUGA